GUUGACUCAGCCACCAUCACCACUUCACAAAAAACCUCUUUAAAUUCACCUCCAAACCUUAACUUCAACCCUCACUCCCUCACUUUUCUUCUUCUUCUUCUUCUUCUUCUUCUUCUUCUUCUUCUUCUUCUAAUCCCUUUUCCUUUGAACAACAACAACUACCAAAGUUUCUAUCUAUUCUUUCCUUCAACUCUAACUAGUAAUAAACAAACAUUGAAAAGAAAAUGAAUAUUAUUCCGUUCCUUAGAAGCUUCACAAUCUUGUUCCUUAGUUGUGUAACCAUUAUUACUAGGUUUGAUUGGUGCUUUUCAAGCAUCACAAGUUCUUCUUUUUCUUUGAAUGCAGUUGGUGGUGGACACUUCAGUUUUGAUGAAACUAGCCUCAGAAAUGCAGCUAAAGACUUUGGAAACAGGUUCCAAUACCAACCAAUAGCAGUUAUGAAUCCAGAAUCAGUUUCUGACAUUGCCAACACCAUCAAGCAUGUGUGGCUCAUGGGACCCACUUCUCACCUAACUGUUGCUGCAAGAGGCCAUGCCCACUCUCUCCAAGGUCAGGCUCAAGCUCCCAAUGGAAUUGUCAUCAACAUGGAAUCUCUUAAGCUACCUGGAAUGCACCUACAUCUAGGAGCAGAUUCUGAUUCUGAUUCAGAUUCAUAUUCUGAUUCUCCUUAUGUUGAUGUUUCCGGUGGUGAGUUGUGGAUAAACAUCUUGCAUGAGACUCUUAGGUUUGGUUUAACACCGAGAUCAUGGACGGACUAUUUACAUCUUACCGUCGGCGGCACGCUCUCCAAUGCCGGCGUAAGCGGCCAGGCGUUCCGCCACGGUCCUCAGAUCAGUAAUGUUCAGCAGCUUGAGAUUGUUACAGGAACAGGGCAAGUGGUAAACUGCUCCAAGGAUGAGAAUGGUGAACUGUUUCACAGUGUGUUAGGGGGUCUUGGGCAGUUUGGCAUUAUAACAAGGGCAAGAAUUUUACUUGAACCAGCACCUACCAUGGUGAAAUGGAUCAGAGUGUUGUAUUCAGAUUUUACAGCAUUCACAAGAGACCAAGAGAAACUGAUAUCUUCAGAGAACAAUAAUGCAUUUGAUUACAUUGAAGGUUUUGUGAUAAUAAACAGAACUGGUCUCCUUAAUAAUUGGAGAUCAACCUUUAAUCCUCAAGAUCCAAUUCAAGCUAAUCAGUUCAAGUCAGAUGGAAGAACCCUCUUCUGCCUAGAAUUAGCCAAGUAUUUCAAUCCACAAGAUAUCGAUUUCGUAAACGAGGAAGUUGAGAAGCAUUUGUCUUAUCUGCACUAUAUUGAAUCAACACUGUUCCUAACAGAAGUAACAUAUGUAGAGUUCUUAGACAGAGUGCAUGUAUCAGAGUUGAAGCUCCGUUCAAAAGGGUUGUGGGAUGUUCCACACCCAUGGCUCAAUCUCUUUGUACCAAGAAGCAAUAUACACAAGUUUGCAGAAGUUGUCUUUGGGAAUAUCCUAACUGAAACCAGCAAUGGCCCUGUCCUUAUCUAUCCAGUAAAUAAAUCAAAGUGGGACAAUAGAAGCUCAGUUGUGACACCAGAUGAAGAAGUGUUUUACUUAGUGGGAAUUUUAGCAUCUGCAGUGGGAGAUUCAAGUGGAAAUGAUGGGAUAGAGCACAUAGAAGGUGAGAACAGAAGGAUAUUGGAGUACUGUGAAAGAAACAAUCUUGGAGUGAAGCAGUACUUGCCCCACUAUAACACACAGGAGGAAUGGAAGGCCCACUUUGGUCCAAAGUGGGAGUCUUUUCUGCAAAGAAAAUCUGUUUAUGACCCUUUGGCUAUUCUGGCUCCAGGCCAAAGAAUAUUUCAAAAAGCAAUAAACUUCUCAUGACCACAUUAUUAUUAUUUAUCAUCAUAAUAUAUAUAAUAUAAUAUGAAUAGGAAAAGCCUUCAUCAUGGCAUUAUGUGAACAAAAUUGACUACACUGCUGCUGACUGCUGAGUGUAGCACCAAGACACCAUUGUCCGGCUCAGAUUUGGUCAACAUAUAUAAGGUGUCAAAUAUUAAUUCCAACACAUCAAUUGCUAUAGGGCCUUCCAUACAAAUUUUAUUAUCACAAUAUCAGCCACAUUCAAUGUA